AUGAUUAAAAAUGAAACCAACACGUAUCAAACAAAUCUUUUCCAAAAUAUACAAUUUAAUCAAAGAGCUCAAUUCAUUGACGAUGGCGAUUUUAAAAGUUAUAAUAUACAAGACGAUGAAGAUUCAGAUCAAGAUGAAACUGAAAAAACGUUUGAUGAAAAUAGUAUCAACAAUGCGAAUGAUUCUUAUGGUGGUGAUGAGAAGAAUGAAACAAAACUCUAUUAUGAAAAGCAUAUUAUCCUUAAUAAUGAAGAUAUAUAUUCUUGCGAAGAUGAUACUUCAUUUAAUCAUCCGCAUUUAGAAUAUCUAUUUAUGGUUGAACGUUUAGCAUUAUUUCAUUAG